AUGACGGGCACUCCUGCUGCUGGUCUACGGGUGUUGAGGCGCCGCCCUACUGCACCAGCGGACUUCGCCAUAGUUACGGGGUCUAUGGCUCGGCCUCAGAGUGUUCCUAGUGGGGAUGGGCAGCAGCAGGCACUAUGCAGUACGAUACGGCGGACUUUAGAUAGGGGCGACCACCGCCUCGGACGAUGGGCAUAUAUAGGAGCUCAGCUCUCUCUAGUCUGUGAUACCUUACCACCAGGCAUGGCGGCUGCCUCUGCUAGUGCUGUGACCUUGGCCAAGCGUGAAGUUAAAGGAUUCACGCCGGAUCUGUUAUUGAUCACCAGACUAAUCGACAAGGCCGUCUCUGCGUCGUCACUAUCGUGUCGGUCGAUCUCCCUUAUAGUGUACACAGCUCUCCAUAGUGGCCUUUCUAACAGAGAUGACCUCAUCAAUGAGGUCCUCUCCAACAGCCGUACUAGUUUGGGGAGUGAUGGUAACAUCGUGGAAGUAAUCGAGUUGGGGUAUAUGCUCAGGCCUCACAGCAUUGCUAACUACAGGCUUGUCUUGCAGAUGCUAUUAGAGAGGCUUGCGGGCAAGAACGAGUGUGUUCGAUGGGAGGCUCUGUCAGGGUCAUGCAUGGCUAUGUGUUUGUUGGUACUGGGCGAUCUCCCAAAG